UGACUUGCUAACAAUGAACAUAUGAUUUUAUGAAAUUUGAUGUUCAUAUUGGUCACUUUGAAUGAUCGAAUCAGAAUGAAACAACCAAACACUCAAAAAGUCUAUAUAUAUCAGACACGUUUCAGUAACAUCUCAUUCACUAAUCUGAACGACAUGAUGAGAUCUAUGUGGUCUUGAACACAUUUUCGGAAUUUCACGAUUGCGAAGAAAUAUGUAAAAGCCCGGAUCGUAAGAACUAUAUAAAAGUGAUUUUUGAGAAUGAAUCAUAUCGAUAUUCUCAUGAUUAUCAUUACUCACUAAGUAUUAGUCUUAAUAAGACUCAAGCAGUUGUGAAUCACACAUUUGGUAAAUACUUUUUGAGUCACGAAGUUGAACCAGAAUUCUUGUUUAAAUAUUACGGAAUUCAAGUCAGUAAACUUGAUAUUUGGUAUGAUGGUGAUAUAUAUAUGUUUGAAAAGAAAGUCGUAAUUGGAAAAAUCCUAAAUGGUCUAAAAGGCAUAUCGGCAUAUCAAGUUGAAGUUUUGAAGGAUAAGGAAUUCAUCGCAGCAAAAUGGACUUUUAAAGGAAAACAUAAUGGUACACCCGAGGUAACUUUUUUUAUACAUCGGAAUGGGAAGAUAUCUGUCUAUUAUAAAGACAUUUCUACGGAAAGUUUUCAAAACCAGCUAGAGUUUAAGAUCGGAAGAGAUUUUCAAUGUGAAGCAGGUAAGACAGAACAUAAGAUAGCUGUUCCUGUAGAAUGGAUCAGAAAUGGCACGUUAGUGGAGUAUGAAGUCAUCGGCACAAUUUGUCCAAUACACAAUUCAAGUGAAGCAUGCAAAAAAGCAACAACAUCGAAUAUAAAAUGUAUUUGGUGUGAGAAAUGGAACACGUGCAUUGACAGUAAUCAUCAGGAUAGUCACUUCUUUAAAGUGAAUGGUUGCCAUUAUAAGAAUGCGACCAUUGAAACAACUCAAGAGAGUGGACAGAACAAAUCACUUUGGUACCUGUAUAUUGUGAUUCCUUCGGUCAUCUUCUUUGCUGUUUGUAUCGGCUGGGUAAUUUGGAGAUGGCUGUAUAAAAGACGAAGAUAUAAUGAAUGAUUCUCGAAUAUUAUGACCAAGUGCUUUUUUAUUUCGUACUCCAUUUGAAAACAUUGGACUUAAUUAUUCAUUUCAAUGGUUCGGACUGUUUCUUCACGGAACUUUGUGUAUUUUGUCCUUGCUUACAUAACAAUUGAUGUACACUUGGUAAUAAUAUACCGGACACGGUUUUUAUUAUUUGCGUUAUUAUCUUCAAUCACUAAAAUCUGACUUGUUUUACGAGAGUUUGACAACAUUUUACUCUUGAAUUGUCAGUAUUGUGUUCACG